GACUCCAAUUUUGCAUCUCAAAUUCAAGAUGCUGUGUGUCAUGUAUUGAAAGGAUAUGACUGGUCAUUGGUAACAACCCCGUCCCGUGCCGGUGGUGACAAACGCAAGCCCCACAUCAAGAGACCGAUGAACGCCUUCAUGGUCUGGGCACAGGCUGCCAGACGAAAAUUGGCAGACCAGUACCCACAUCUUCAUAAUGCUGAGCUGAGUAAAACACUCGGAAAACUUUGGAGG